AUGGACAUUACUGUUGACGAAUCCGAACCAGAGGAUUCUAUCAACCGCUGGGUAAUGGACACAAUCUGUACCGGCGAGGAGCCUCUUGAAAUCCCACCGCAUUGGCAUAUGAAUCACCAAGAAUAUCUAAGCGUGGUAGAGGGUCGAGUUGAAAUAACUCUCAACGGUAAAACGACAAUUCUCAACGCCGGGGAUCCUGAUGUCCUUGUGCGACGUCGAGAUGUCCACAGCGUCAAGGGCUUCAAAGGCGAGAGCCUAAUCUUCCGAGAGAAACCCGACCCUGCUGGAGCUUACAAAGCGUUAUUCUUCAACGAUGUGUUUUCAAAGGGUGGAUUUGGAGGCAUAUGGCAUACUCUGAGAGCCUUCUAUGAUGGAGAUGCCUACCUUGCAUUGCCUUUGGGCGUACAGUUCAUCGAUCAAGCGUUCGUUUUUGUAUUGGGUGGUAUUGCACAUCUAUUCGUAUCAAAAAAGCCCGAAACAUUCUAG